AUGAAGACUGACUUUCAGUUCUCCAACCUGUUGGGCACCGUCUACAGCAGAGGUAAUCUUGUAUUCACACCCGAUGGCACGUGCCUGCUCUCGCCUGUAGGCAAUCACGUCAGUGUUUUUGAUCUAGUCAAUUCGAGAUCAUACACGCUUCCCUUCGCGCAUCGCAAAAACAUUGCCCGCCUCGCACUCAAUCCGAGAGGGAACCUCCUCCUCACAGUAGACCUCGAUGGUCAUGCGAUUCUCACAAACGUCCCUCGCCGAAUAGUCCUUUACCACUUUUCUCUCCGCGGCGAAGUAAAUACGCUGGUCUUUGCUCCAGACGGUAGACACUUUGCAGUUGGGUUAGGAAGGAAUAUCGAAAUAUGGAGGACACCGUCGACUCCGGACGUCGCAGACGGAGACCUUGAAUUCGCUCCCUUCGUUCGACACCGGAUAUUCUCAGGGCACCACGAUACAGUGACUACAAUCGAAUGGUCUAGAGACUCGCGCUUUCUACUCAGUGCAGCGAAAGAUAUAACUACGCGAAUAUGGAGCAUGGAGGCCGAAGAAGGUUUCAGACCUACUACGCUUUCGGCGCAUAAACAGGCUGUUGUGGGCGCUUGGUUCAGUGCCGAUCAAGAAACGAUAUACACAGUUAGCAAGGACGGCGCGCUUUUCGUUUGGAAGUACAUGUUGCGAUACGACGCUCCAGAGGGUGCGGAUGAGGAAGACGACAAUAAUUUGGCAUGGGGUAUCGCAGAGCGCUUCUACUUUCACCAGAACAACGCCCACGUUACUUGCGCCAGCUUCCACCCGGAGACGAAACUGCUGGUAACUGGCUUUUCGCAUGGCCUUUUCUUCAUCCACGAGCUCCCUACAUUUAGCGAGAUACAGAACCUUAGCAUUUCGCAAAAUGACAUAGAUUACAUCGCGAUAAACAAGACCGGCGAAUGGCUCGCAUUUGGCGCUUCAAAGUUGGGACAACUAUUGGUGUGGGAGUGGCAGUCGGAGUCGUACAUUCUGAAGCAACAAGCGCACCACGACGUGAUGAACACGAUCGCUUACUCACCAGAGGGCCAACGCAUCAUCACUGCCGCCGACGAUGGAAAGAUCAAAGUUUGGGACGUCAAUUCAGGAUUCUGUGUGGUAACUUUCACAGAGCACAUUGGUGCGGUCACAGCCUGCGAAUUCGCGAAGAGAGGGAAUGUUUUAUUCACUACAAGUCUGGAUGGGUCGGUAAGAGCAUGGGAUCUGAUAAGGUACCGGAACUUCCGAACAUUUACGGCACCCUCGAAAAUCCAGUUCACAUCGUUAGCGGUCGACCCGAGUGGCGAAGUCGUGUGCGCAGGAUCCCUUGAUUCGUUCGAUAUUCACAUUUGGUCUGUCCAGACUGGGCAGUUGUUAGACCGGCUAGCUGGUCACGAAGGUCCUGUGAUGUCACUAGCAUUCUCACCAGACGGAAGCACACUUGUCAGCGGUAGCUGGGACAGGACCGUCCGUUUGUGGAACAUUUUCGCGCGAUCACAAACGAGCGAGCCCUUACAGCUUAUGGCCGAUGUAACUUGUCUCGCCGUUCGGCCAGACAACAAACAACUUGCGGUCACUACCUUAGAUGGUCAACUGACCUUCUGGUCAAUAUCAGAAGCCUCCCAGCAGUCCGGUGUUGAUGCUCGACGGGACGUCUCUGGUGGUCGCAGAAUGACUGAUCGACGGACUGCCGCAAACGUUGCUGGAACCAAAGCUUUCGAUACCGUGAGAUACAGUGCUGACGGAACAUGCGUACUUGCUGGUGGCAAGAGCAAGUACAUCUGCCUAUACGACGUACAGUCUGGUGUACUCAUCAAAAAAUUCACCGUUUCAGUCAAUCUCUCGCUUGAUGGUACGCAGGAGUUCUUGAACAGCAAGCUGCUCACUGAAGCUGGACCCCAGGGUUUAUUGGAUGAGCAAGGUGAGGAGUCGGAUCUAGAGAACAGACGUGACCCUACGCUUCCUGGUGCCCAGCGCGGAGCGGGCGCAAGAAGAACGCGAGCAGCAGUUCGUGUACCAGCUGUAGCAUUCUCACCGACCGGUCGAGCCUUCUGUGCCGCUUCUACGGAAGGUCUGCUCAUCUACUCGCUGGACACGACUUUCCAAUUCGAUCCUUUCGAUCUCGACAUUACUGUCACGCCCGGAACGACUCUGUCGACCCUUGCCCAAAAGGAGUAUCUGAAAGCACUUGUCAUGGCCUUCCGCCUCAACGAGCGCAAUCUCAUCCGCCGCGUUUUCGAAGCGACACCGACUACAGACAUAGCCCUUGUCGUCAAGGAUUUGCCGAGAGUUUAUCUUGGACGGCUGGUCCGCUUCGUGGCGUUGCAGGCCGAUGAGUCGCCACAUCUCGAAUUCAACUUAAUGUGGAUUGAGGCUCUUCUGAGCAAGCACGGCCGAUGGAUGAAGGAGAAUCGAGUGGGCAUGGAAGCAGAGUUGCGAAGUGUAGAGAAGGCGGUGCGGCGGAUACAAUCGGAGUUGGCUCGCUUGGCGGAUGAGAACAUCUACCGCAUCGAGUAUUUGCUUGCGCAACCUAUUGAAAAGAAAGGGGAUUUGCUGCAAUUGGACUUCAGCGUGAAAGACGGGGCGGAUGGUGUAGACGAAGUCAUGGAGGACGGCUCAGAUGACGACGAAGGCGGCUGGAUGGGCUUCGACUGA